AUGGGUACAAUUGUUAAUGAUACCGAUUCAACAGAAAGUAAGAGCAAUAACCUCACGAAUAAUAAUAAUGACAAAUCAAGAGAAACUGAAGAUCUUUAUUCUGAUAAAAUUCGGGAUGGUCAGUGGUUUUGGAAUACGAAUACCGAGCAGAUUUUUUCACAGGAUCAAAUAGUAGCAGUUGGUCAUGCUUCAGCAAAAUCGGUUGUUCCACUUGAACUUUUACGAUAUAUAUAUUUACAACCUCACGAUCGGAUAUACGAUCCUAAAACACAUACUAUAUCCUAUUUGCAGACAAGAACUUAUUUGCCCGUAAAAUCUUUACCACCAAGAGAAAAAAAGAGGGUACUAGUUACAGGUGGUGCUGGCUUUGUUGGUUCACAUUUAGUAGAUCGACUAAUGUUAAUGGGUCAUGAAGUAAUUGUAAUCGAUAAUUUCUUCACUGGUUGUAAAAACAAUGUUGGCCAUUGGAUUGGACACCCAAACUUUGAACUUAUUCGUCAUGAUGUAGUUGAUCCUUUCUUAAUUGAAGUUGACCAAAUUUAUCAUUUGGCUUGUCCUGCUUCUCCUCCUCAUUAUCAAUAUAAUCCGAUCAAGACUGUAAAAACUAGUGUAAUGGGUACAAUUAAUAUGCUUGGUCUUGCUAAACGAGUCAAGGCUCAGGUCUAUGGUGACCCUGAAGAACAUCCUCAAGCUGAAACUUACUGGGGCAAUGUUAAUCCAAUUGGCCCAAGAGCAUGUUAUGAUGAAGGAAAAAGAGUUGCUGAAACAUUAACUUAUGCUUAUAUGAAUCAAGAUUGUGUUGAUGUUAGAGUCGCUCGUAUUUUUAACACUUUUGGUCCUCGUAUGAACGCAAAUGAUGGCCGUGUAGUGAGCAAUUUUAUCAUGCAAGCAUUAAAAGGUGAAGAUCUUACAAUAUAUGGUGAUGGUCUUCAAACUCGAUCGUUUCAAUAUGUACACGAUUUGGUGGAUGGUUUAAUUUUGUUGAUGAAUGCUGAUUAUAAAGAACCAAUUAAUCUGGGAAAUCCUGAUGAAUAUACGAUACGUGAAUUUGCAGAGUUGAUUAUAAGUGAGGUUAAUAGUUCAUGUAAGAUUAAAACUUUACCAGCUCCGAAGGAUGAUCCUAAAAAACGAAGACCAGAUAUUAAAAGAGCUGAACAAAUUCUUGGAUGGAAACCUAGAUGGCCUGUUAAGCAAGGUAUUGGAGAGACAGUUACAUAUUUUCAAAGGCAGUUAGAAGCAGGACUCAUGUGA